UGUUUAGAUAUGUGUAUACUGUAUAGUCGUAUCACAUUUGACCAUCAAUUUUCUUGGUGGUUCACGAAAUUAAAACGCAAGUCAAGUGUAUAAAACUCAACUUUCCACAGUUUUGUCCCAACGAUAGGAGAAUGUUGCGACGAAUCACAUUCCCAUGCCAGCUACAUCCACAUAUUCGCCCAAGUUCCACUCUCUCGGACAUAAACUGGUUCCUUUCCUCUCUAAAAACCCAAGGAACCAACAACCUCAAAACACUAAAGCAAGCUCACUGUUCCAUCAUCGUAACCGGUCUACACAGAGACAACCUCAUCGUUGCCAAACUCCUCGAGGCGUGUUCAGACACUGGACAUCUCCGAUACGCUUACUCUGUCUUCACCCACCAGCCGUUUCCCAACGCUUAUCUCCACAACACCAUGAUCAGAGCUCUGUCACUCGUCGACGACGACCCCAACGCCCACUCAAUCGCUGUUCUGGUUUACAGAAAGUUCUGGUCUUUAUGUCCGAAGCCCGACACGUUCACUUUCCCUUUUGUGCUGAAGAUCGUUGUUCGGUUAUCUGAUGUUUGGUUUGGGAGACAGGUUCAUUGCCAAACCGUGGUUUUCGGGUUUGAUUCGAGUGUCCACGUUGUGACAAGUUUGAUUCGAAUGUACUGUUCGUGGGGAGGUUUGGGAGAUGCGCGUAAGGUGUUCGAUGAAAUGCCUGUGAGAGACGCGACUGUUUGGAAUGCGUUGUUAGCCGGGUAUGGAAAAGCGGGUGAGGUGGAUGAAGCGAGGAGGUUGCUGGAGAUGAUGCCUUGCUGGGUAAGGAAUGUAGUUUCUUGGACUUGUGUGAUCUCCGCUUAUGCUAAGAAGGGACGAGCUAGCGAAGCCGUUGAUGUGUUUCAGAGAAUGGUGAGGGAGAACGUUGAGCCAGAUGAAGUGACGCUUUUGGCAGCACUCUCAGCUUGUGCUGAUCUUGGCUCGCUUGAGCUGGGAGAGAGAAUAUGUAGCUACGUUGAUCACCGAGGGAUGAAGAGAGGUGUUUCGUUGAACAACGCGGUCAUCGAUAUGUAUGCGAAGUCAGGGGACGUAACAAAGGCGUUGGAGGAGUUUGAGAGGGUUAGCGAGAGAAACGUGGUUACUUGGACGACUAUAAUUACAGGACUGGCGACGCACGGGCUUGGAGGUGAAGCUUUAACGAUGUUUAACCGUAUGGUUGAAGCAGGCGUGCGACCGAACAGUGUUACUUUCAUUGCAGUCCUUUCAGCUUGCAGCCAUGUCGGUUUGGUUGAUCUUGGAAAACGUUUGUUUACCUCAAUGAGAUCGGAGUAUGGGAUUGAACAGAACAUUGAGCAUUUUGGAUGUCUGAUAGAUUUGCUAGGACGAGCAGGUAGACUAAAAGAAGCGGAAGAAGUUUCUAAAAGCAUGCCCUUUGAAGCUAACGCUGCAAUAUGGGGAUCUCUUCUUGCUGCUUCAAAUGUUCAUCAUGAUCUUGAGCUUGGAGAAAGAGCUUUGAAUCAGCUGAUUAAGUUAGAACCGAAUAACAGCGGUAACUAUAUGCUCUUAGGUAAUUUGUACGCGGAUUUAGGAAGGUGGGAGGAGUCGAGGAUGAUGAGGAAGAUGAUGAAAGGGACUGGUGUGAAGAAGAUGGCUGGUGAAAGCUCCAUUGAAGUUGAGAACAGAGUAUGUAGAUUCAUCUCUGGUGAUCUUUCGAAUCCGCUUGUUGUAAAGAUUCAUGAACUUGUACAAGAGAUUGAUUUGCAGAUACAGAGCAAUUAAGUUCGAGACAAACAAUGAUUUUGAGUUAUGAUUAGAUCGAGUUGACUAAGGAUCAAGUAAACUCCAGUCACACUCUUCC